UUCUUCAGUCUGAGAGUUUCAGGCAAAAUCCAGGUCAUUCGUUUUGCGUGUGCGAUCGUGGCGAAAGUGCUGAACCGGAAGCAGCAGCUGCAUUCGCUUGCUCGUGAGGAUUUCAUCAUUCUCCGGCGGUCCAUCCAUGCUUCUCCGCAGCGCAGCAUCAGCACUACUGAGGACCAGUGCAGAGAUUUCCUCCUCCUGUCGGCCGUCCACGGUCCGCUUCGUUCGGCAGUCGCUCCGCCAGCCGCCCAGAAACCGGCCGUUUUGCACACCGGCCCGCUUUAGUAAGAAGAACAGGAAUAAGAUCACUCAGAGGCUUCAGCUCGCAGAAGAACGUGCUAUCAUGGACGGCAACAUUGAGGAGAUUCUCGCCCCUUUGAGGCUUGCAGUCAAAGAGCAGGGGGAUCUGGUGCGUCAGUUAAAGCAGGAAGGAGCUCCAGAAGUGGAUGUGACUAAAGCUGUAGCUGAGCUAAAAGCAAGGAAGAAAGCUCUGGAACACAAGGAGCUGGCGUUACAACCCGCAGAUGACAUUGACAGAACCAGGAUGGAGGAUACGCUCAAGAGGCGCUUCUUCUACGACCAGGCGUUCGCCAUCUAUGGAGGUGUGAGCGGACUGUACGACUUCGGCCCCGUGGGCUGCGCGCUAAAGAACAACAUCCUGCAAGCCUGGAGGCAGCACUUCAUCCAGGAGGAGCAGAUCCUGGAGAUCGACUGCACCAUGCUGACACCUGAGCCCGUACUCAAGACUUCGGGACACGUGGAGAAGUUCGCAGACUACAUGGUGAAAGAUGUGAAGAACGGCGAAUGCUUCAGGGCCGACCACCUCCUCAAAGCUCAUCUGCAGAAGCUGAUGUCUGAUAAGAAGUGUGCUGCAGAGAAGAAGGCAGAGAUGGAGAGCGUCGUCACUCAGAUGGACAACUACACCCAACAAGAGCUGACGGACCUGUUCGUCAAAUACAACGUCAAGUCUCCGACCACAGGAAACGAGCUGGCGCCUCCCAUCUCCUUCAACCUGAUGUUUCAGACGUCCAUCGGGCCGGGAGGGAACAUGCCGGGCUAUCUGAGGCCUGAAACUGCUCAGGGGAUCUUCCUCAACUUCAAGCGCCUCCUGGAGUUCAAUCAGGGAAAACUUCCCUUCGCUGCUGCUCAGAUAGGAAACUCUUUCAGGAACGAAAUCUCUCCUCGAUCCGGACUCAUUCGGGUCAGAGAGUUCACCAUGGCUGAGAUUGAACACUUCGUGGACCCGAGUGAGAAGGACCACCCUAAGUUCUGUAACGUAGCCGACCUGCAGAUCAUGUUGUACUCCUCCAAAGCUCAGACCAGCGGGCAGUCGGCUCACAUUAUGAGGCUGGGAGAUGCUGUGGAGCAAGGAGUGGUCAAUAACUCCGUCCUGGGGUACUUCAUCGGGAGGAUCUACCUCUACCUCACUAAAGUGGGCGUGGCCAAAGACAAGCUGCGCUUCCGGCAGCACAUGGACAACGAGAUGGCUCACUACGCCUGCGACUGCUGGGACGCUGAAGCCAAAACCUCCUACGGCUGGAUCGAGAUCGUGGGCUGUGCCGACCGGUCCUGCUUCGAUCUGCAGUGUCACGCCCGAGCCACCAAGGUCCCUCUGGUUGCUGAGAAGCCUCUGAAAGAACCCAAAACCGUAAACGUCGUCCAGUUUGUGGUCAACAAAGGGGCCGUCGGGAAGGUGUAUAAGAAGGAAGCUAAGCUAGCCGUGGACUACCUGUCCGUGUGUGACGAGUGCUUCAUCACGGAGCAGGAGGCGCUGCUGAAUCAAACCGGAGAGUUCUCCAUCGAGACGGACGGCAAAACGUUCAAACUCACCAAGGACAUGGUGAGCGUGAAGCGCUUCCAGAAGACUGUGCACGUGGAGGAAGUGGUUCCCAAUGUGAUCGAGCCGUCCUUCGGCAUCGGGAGGAUCAUGUACACCAUCUUUGAGCACACGUUCCUCAUCAGAGAAGGAAGUGAACAGAGAACGUAUUUUAGCUUCCCAGCUACUGUAGCUCCCUACAAAUGUUCUGUCCUACCUCUGAGCCAGAAUCAGGAGUUCAUGCCCUUCGUGAAGGAGUUGUCCGAGGCCAUGACCAAAAACGGCAUUUCUCACAAGGUGGACGACUCGUCCGGGUCCAUCGGCAGGCGCUACGCCAGGACGGAUGAGAUCGGGGUGGCGUUCGGCAUCACCAUCGACUUUGACACGGUGAACAAGACACCCCACACGGCGACUCUGAGGGACCGCGACUCCAUGAGGCAGAUCAGGGCCGAGGUCAGCGAGCUGCCCGAGAUUGUCCGGGAUUUGGCCAACGGUGCGUUAACCUGGGCCGAGGUGGAGAGCAAGUACCCCAUCUUUGAAGGACAGGAGACCAGCAAAAAGGACACAAGCGAGGAGUGAAAGAACGCAGAUUGGAUCGGCAGGAGGAAUCCUGCAGCUGCGUGGCGACGAGCCACCGUCUGCUCUCCAUUUUUAUCACCAAAACAUCGAGGAGAAGCUCACAUAGGACCUCUGUUCAUGUGCAACACGAGACAGUUUCAACAUGUUUCUAAAAGGGAGAAAUUCUAAUCAGGGUAUGGGUGGAAUCAGACCGCCACUCUUCCAGUUUUCAGUCCAGUCAAAUAUUUAAUAAUUCUGAUAAAAGCAGCAGCACUUAAUGGACUCAGACAAGCGACUGCUGGGUUUAAUCCAGUUCAGAUUUAGAGUCAUCGUUAUUUUAAUCUCAAGUCGUGUUUGAGUCAAGAAUGUCRUGAGUUUGGGCAAUUUUGUUUUUAAAAAGCAAAGUGAGAAUAAAUGAAAAGGCUGCUUUGUUGUUAAURCUGACAAAUACAUGUUUGUUUGCCUGA